AUGUUUGAUACAUUGUAUGACUACGAAGAUUCAAGCAAAAUUACUUUAAAUGAUGUUAUGUUUGUAGCUGCACAACAAAAUGAUGGAGCCAACAAACACAAGAUAUCUUCUCGUGUGCUACAUCAUUUCAAUGUACUUUCAAUUAACACUUUUAAUGAAAGCACACUGUCUAGAAUAUUUUCAAAUAUUCUUCUCAUUGCUCUCAAGCAAAACGGUUUUACACAAGAAGUGUGGCCUACUGUGCAGAAUAUGAUUGCAGCUACCAUUGAUAUAUGGCAAACAGCAAAAUCGUGUCUCUUUGCUACUCCCAAAACACCCCAUUACAUAUUUGAUAUGAUGGACAUCUCAAAAGUCAUGUAUGGUUGUUCUAUGGUAAAAAGGCCUCCUACAGCUGAAAGGAACACAUUUUAUGGAAAACUGUGGAUGCAUGAAGCAUUAAGAGUUUUCUAUGAUAGACUUUCAAAUGGUUUGGACAGAGAGACAAUAUUUGCAAAAAUAUGCAGUGCUAUAACUCAGUACUUCCCUGAACCACCUGAAAUAUUCCUCAAUCAUCUCCCAUCAUUCGAUGGAAUGGUAACUGAAGACCUAGUAAAAGGAUUGUCAUUUGGAAAGUAUUUUAAUAUGCAAGAUGAUGAAGUUUCUCAGUGGUACGAGGAAAUUUUAAACUUUGAUGAUAUCCAAACAACUGCUGAAAGAGUGAUUGAGAAAUAUAAUGAAGAGCAUGAAAUAAAAAUGGAUAUAGUCUUAUUCAGGUCUGCAUUAGAACAUCUCAUCCACCUGUGCCGGAUUAUGGUUACUCCAUGCAGUAACUGUCUUCUUAUUGGAGUUGGAGGCACAUCUCGUCAGACCUUAGUACGUCUUGGUGCUGUCAUAGUUGGUAAUAUUUGUUUUCAACCAACCAUCUCGAAAGAAUAUGGCCUUGGAGAGUGGAGAUCUGACUUGAAAUACUGUUUGGUUGAAAGUGGUGGACACAAUAAAGAAGUAACCCUUAUGUUCAGUGAUUAUCAGAUAAAAUAUGAAGACUUUCUAGAAGACUUAAACUGUCUUGUCAGCACAGGAGAAGUUCCCAAUAUGUUUACAAGAAUUGAAAAACAAGAGAUUUUAGAUUUGUGUGCUAGCUAUGGUUCUCCCUAUCUACCCAGAACGCAUGACAAAAUAAGGGUUUACCACACAGCUUUCGUGAAAUUCGUUGUUAGAGUCCUUAUAACAACAGCUCAUAUCGAUAGAACAUACUCCAUUAAUGACAUUGAUUCCAUUAGACCUCUACAAACCAGUUUGCAAGACAAACUGGAGAAGAGAUUACCUUCAAAGAAUAGCUUAGGAAUAACCGAGGAUGAUGCUAUAAAAUUUCCUAGCGGGCACAACUCUCUACUCUCUAACACUGAAGAUGACUUAAUGCAAAUACUUAGCAGGCACAAUCCUCUAACAAUUGAGGAUGACUCAGUCACAUACCAGGAGCAGGGUGACUUAAUCACAGUUCCUCACUGGCUUGAUGUUAUAGGAUCUACUAAAAAUAAGGCUUUGGGAUGGCAGAGUUCUGAAGAUGAUGUUUAA